CUUAAGAGGUUUAAUAUGUACUUGCAAUGGUACUUCUCGUCUAUAAUGCCCUUAACCUAACUAGAUAUUUGGAUACAUUUGUAUAAGGAGCAACUUUGAAAAUAUCAUUCAAAACAUCUGAGUUGACAGAGUCAAACAAAUGCGUGAUUGAGUUUGGUCAACCUCCAAGUACCAUAGUUGGCAAUGGUUGUUACAUAACAUACGUUUACCAUAACCUCAAAAGGUAAUACAUACCCUAUAGUUUCAAUACAUAUUUAAAUUAUUCAUUAUCAAAGAUGGAGGACGGAUUUGAAUGGCCCUGGCAUUACAAGUUUCCUCCAUUUUUCACGAUUCAACCAAAUUCCGACACAAGAGCGAGGCAAUUGGAUCUUUGGUGCAGCCUGGUCUUGUCAUAUUUUAAGCACAAAAAAAGUUAUAUUAUCGACGUCAAUGAGGCGCAAACGUCUCCGCUAUUUUCUAACAAAGACAUCAACAGAAAGCUUUCAGCUGAAGGCAUAAACUUGGUGCUUGAAACUCUUCAAAAGAAAGGAAACUUUGAAUGGGAAAGUAAAAAGGGUGAUAGAGGUUAUGUAAUGUGGAGAAAACCAGAGGAAUGGGGAUCGCUUAUAUACGAAUGGGUGAAAGAUAAUGCAAUGACAGGAAGUGUUUGUACAUUAUUCGAGCUACAGCAUGGUGAUGACACAAAGAAAGAAGAAUUCCACGGUAUUGACAUGUGGAUGUUAAAACGAGCAUUGAAAAGUCUUGAAGUGAAGAAUAAAGCAAAAAUAUUCGAGGGACCCACACCUGGGGAUGAUAACGGUCUGGGAGUAAAAUUCUUUUCCUGAUUGAAUGGUGAAAUUGAUUUAUGGCUCCGGUGAUAUGGCGAGGGAAAGAAGAGGAGCAACGAAUAUGAACCACGAUGGAACAAAGUGAUCGUGUUAUUUAAGAAAAUAGAAAUGGUAAUCAACAAUUUGUCCUAAUCAUAGGUGACCAGUUUAGAACUGUAAGAAGAUUUGCGUGUGUAGCGUCACGUAAUUAGCGUUUCAAUUGUCAAAUCUUUCGCGAAUUGUAUAAGCUUUAAAAAGUUUAAAUCAGUUUACAGGUGAUUCACCAUAUUUAUAGAAAACAAUAUCCUAUGCCACAUAAGUAAAUUGAAACUAACCAAUUA